ACAAGAGACAAGCCCUUACUACUUCUCCAUGCAGAUUAAUGAUUUUCCUCAUUUUUCUCUCUUGAAGUGAGACAUCUUUUGAUACAUGUUGGCCCAGGAUGGCGAAUAUUGACACUUCAGGGUCAGAGUACCCUCUCAUGAGCAAUAACAAGAAACGACAGCUGUACUGGCCAGAUCCUCUGAUUAUCGAGCCUAGUGGUUCACAUACAGCGACGGCUAUCUUACUGCAUGGCCGCGGCAGCAACGCAGAAAGGUUUGGUCUCGAAUUCCUUAAAGCGCUGACCCGGUCCGGCAAGUCUUUGCCAGAGCUUUUCCCUGGCCUCAAGUUCAUAUUUCCAACAGCCAAGAAGCGACGGUCCGUGGUGUUGAAGAAGAUACCUAUCAACCAAUGGUUCGACAACUAUUCGCUGGAAGACCCGUCACAACGACAAGAUCUCCAAUACGAUGGACUGCAUGAGACGAGCUUGUUUGUGCACAAAUUAAUCGCUCAAGAGAUCGAAGUCCUGCAUGAUGCGAGGAAAGUCAUACUUGGUGGACUUAGUCAGGGAUGUGCUGCGUCAUUGCAUGUAUUGCUAAAUUGGCAGUCUUCCGAAGACGAAUCAAGUCACCUCGGUGGUUAUUUUGGAAUGAGUGGAUGGCUGCCCUUUGCUUCAGAUCUUGAUCCAAGAGCAGAGGCUUGCAAGAACUCCGACGACAAAGACGAAGACGGUGAAGAUGACAUGUUUGGUUCUGACAAUGAGGAAGAUACCGAUACGCCACGCGAGCCUGAGAGUCUCCAAUCGAUUCAGCGCAAAGCCGCUAAUGUUGCGCGUGACAUUGCGUCUCUCACAACUUUAGACGUGUCGACAGUGCCGACCUUCGGAAGCACGCCUGUUUUCCUAGGACAUGGGAUUCAUGAUGAGAAAGUGAAUGUAAAGCUGGGAGAGCAGGCAAGAGAUGUAUUCCUGGCUCUGGGUGCGGAAGUAAUGUGGAAAGCUUACGAUGAAGGGCACUGGUACAAAGUCCCAGAUCAGAUUGAUGAUCUUGUGGCCUUCUUAAACGGUGUUCUUAAUUAG